AACCACAUAAAAACUUUAGGAGGUAAAAAUGGUUAAAGAGCUGUUUAAAAAGAAUAGCGCAUAUUACACGGCUUCUAAACAAAGAUCCUUACGAGGUAAAAAUGUUAAAGUGCUGUCUAAAAGAAUCUCCGUAAUGUUUAAACUAGGAGAGAAGUAUUUUCCAGAGAUGUCUUCCAGUCGCUGUGUUAAGCAGUAAUGAAGUUAAACUGAGACGCCUCCCUCUCGCUAAACCCCUCCCACACAUACGUGUUUUCAGACACGCCCCUCUCUCUCUCUCUCUCUCUCUCUAAACACACCCAUUCACAUGUUUUCAUCGUAGCCAGUACGUGCUGUCAAAAUGUCAAUCACGGCGGUAGAACUAGAGGGCUAAUUUAUGGCCUAGUCCUUGUCAGGCCUGCGUUUCUCUAGGAGUGCUUAAUUUAUGGCCCUUUGUUUCUUCCUGACCAAAGAGUUUUUUUUAUGACUAGGGGGGUCGUGGUGUGAUCCUACAGAUUGUUUAUGAUAAUGAGUGUCUGCGGGGGUGUUAAUUGCUUUACGACACACCCUACAAUAAGUAUGCUUUAUGUUUAAAAGUAGGGUCAGUUACGCAGAAGUCUAUAAGAUCGCGGCUGUGUAUCAGAGCGCUGUGUAAUUUUAGGCGAAUCGUCGAUUCUCGUUUUAACUCACCGCUAAAGCUUUCUAUUUUAUUUUGGAGGAUACUUCAAGGAGGAGAUGGCUGUCUGUCGUAACAGUGAACAGGUAUCUAACGAUACAGGUGAUACUGACAUUGUGUCUAUCCCGGACAUCGUAGACGAACUCAGGUUUCUGAACAAGGCAAGCGGGUCGAACACAGAAGUCCCGCGAGUCAGGUUGGAAAACACAGUGCUGGGCUUGUCAAAUCUUGUAAACAAGAUCGUUGCACCCGAGUUCAAAAAUAGUGCUGCGGUUUCCACUGAACGCGGUAUACCAACGAGCUCUGGAAAGGCCAAGCGUAAAACAGUCGCUCAGGUCCACAGCGCGGGUGUCGCUACGUCUAAACGUAAACGAUCAAGAUCUCCCCCACGAUCGACAGACGAGUCAGCUGUGAAUGAACCGAGCACUAUAGACUCUUGUUUGAACUGGAAUCAGGAGCUGUUAGAUUCGUGGGACGCCUGUGUAUUUACCCCGGUUCCUGGAGACGAUCUGCCUUCAAACCAAGAAGCAUUUGGUCGCGAGGCUACUGAUGUUAUAGACAAUAACAGAGACUCGGCGGAGGUGAUACGAACCGGGUUCAAGGCCAUCGAGGAUCGUACUGCUGGUUUUGAAAAGACUUUUGCCAGCGUCACCGAGCGUCUGGACAUUAUAGAGAAGAAUCAGCGUCUUUAUAAUCAAAGUCUUGUGGAAACUUUACAAAACCAUACCAUCACACAUAAAAAAAUCAUAGCAACCCAGAGGCGUCUUGCUGGGGAGAUUCGUCGCGUUGAUCACAAUCAACACCUGACGGCGGAAUUGUUAAAACAGUUUGUACAGUUAGUUAAAAACAAUUAACUCGGGUGAGUUGUACAAUAAGUAUUUAUACCCCUGUGUGUGUGUGUGUGUGUGUGUGUGUGUGUGUGUGUGUGUGUGUGUGUGUGUGUGUGUGUGUGUGUGUGUUUAUUUGCUGGUGCGUAUCUGGUUUACUGUGUGUGAUUUUUUUUUUUUUACUAGUUUUUGUUUCAAUAAAAAAAAAAUCUGUAAAAAUGUCAAAGCGGUGUGGUGAAAACUCGUGUAAUCUGGGAGCAGCAAUUAAAUUUAGAAGAUGCGACGACGAUGGUCUGUGUACUUUUGAACAGCGUGGCAAUACAGAGACGUUACAGUGUUUAAUUCGGACAAUGGAGGAUCUGAAUAGACAGCAGUCUACCACCGAUACUUUGUUGGAUAUAUUAAACAUUGUUAGAUCAAUGGCUGAGGUUCAAACAGAACCGUUGCCUAAUUCGUUGUUAGACAUCGGUUCAAAUUCGUUCUUAGACAGCGAUUCAAAUUCACAGCAGGUGGGGUGGGGGUCAGACAGUCAAUCGUUUAAUCCUUCGGAGCCGAAUUUUGGGUUAUCCGAAGCCGCUAUUGAGUCUAUCGUAAGAGAGGGUGGGUCUGUUGGUGGUUAUACGGUGGUACCGAGACGCAGAUUUAAUGGUUUGGAGAUACGGCGUCGUAUAAACAUGCGUGUGAUAACCGCUCCAGACCUGGCAGCGUACGCUAUAUUUCUGCAUGAUAUCAUGUCUGAAAUAGUGCGUUUUCCAGACUGCUGGCCGGCGAUGGGGGCUUAAUCAACAUUACCUUGAGAGGCCCUAGUCUACCCUCUGACGUUAACGCUGUCUUAUCACCUGAUAAUGAUUACGAUUUGCACAUAUUCACACAACAACUAGAGAACAUUAUGCAAAGUAAUUCUGACUUACGGGCUGAUGAAUGUCUAGAUCUGUACGUGUCUAUAGCUCGCGGUAAACACGGUGGUGCUUAUCGAAAGAUACUUGAUUUAGCUCAUAACGAGGUGAUUGCCAGAAACAGAAUGAAUCUGUUCUGUCCCAACAACAUAUCUAACAAUCUGUGUUUUGCGAUCUGUCUGUCCCAUUUUCUACAACCGCAUACGCCAUGUGGUGAACUCGAGUCGUUAGCAGCGUCUCUACAGAAAACUGCAGGGUAUUCGGUACAACAAAAGAUAGAGUUUAAUGACAUCACACGGUUUGAACGGUUGUUACAUGUUAAAAUAGUGGUGUUCCAUAGGACAUGUUCUGGUCUGUUGGAACACUUUACGAACAAUGACGAGCCUCAUAAUAAGACCGUGUUCUUGUAUUUACACAACGAACAUUAUUUCUUGAUUAAGAACCUAAAAGCAUUCAUCGGUACACCAUACGUGUGCGUGUGUACCGAUGAGCAC